CUUCCCAUAAGGAAAAAGUACCUACAUUAUCAGAUUAAAGUUCUAUCUCAUUAUCUAGAUUCUUUUGCUUCAGUUUUUGCACUAAUGGCUUCCCGAGUUCUAGUUUAUUGUGCUUUUGCACUACUUGCUGCCGUUGCUUCGGUGAAUUGCAACAUUGAAGUGGAUGCUCUCAUUGCUUGGAAAAACAAGUUGGCCGAUCCGAACAACGUCCUGAAGAGUUGGGACCCAAAUUCAGCGGAUCCAAGCAAUUGGACACAUGUUACUGUGAACGACCAGAAAAACGUUACAAGGGUGGACCUUGGCCGCGCUAGACUGGCCGGACCUCUUGUCCCAGAGCUUGGAAACCUGACUUUCCUUGAAUAUUUUGUGGUAUUUGGCAAUAACAUUAAUGGAACCAUACCAAGUGAGAUUGGUCAUUUGAAGAAUCUCAUCCGCUUGGAGCUGCAACAAAAUAUACUUACAGGCCCCAUCCCAGAUUCUUUUGGGAACUUGACUGCCUUGAAGUUCUUGGACUUGUCCAACAACAAUCUCACUGGAUCCAUUCCAGUAUCUCUUGGCCAGUUGGCAUCUUUACAGACCUUGAAUUUGAACAAUAACAAUCUUACUGGCACCCUACCAAUUGAGGUUCUUGGGCUUGUCCGCUUGGCUGUAAUCAGGAUCAUAAACGUUUCUAACAACAAGUUGGAUGGGAGUGUACACAACUCUACUUCAGGAUUUGUUGUUACUUCAAUCGUACAAGAUCCAAAAGCCUAGAAGCAGUAGAGAUGGAGAUCAUGUGGCAUUUGCAUUUAGCAGCUUGAUACUAUUUAGGCGAUUUAAUUAAUAAAACUGGGAUUUCUAGGUCCCACUAUGCAUGUCAAUAAACCUACGGACCCGUGUUCGUGAUUUUCUGUUCUUUGUAUGUAUGUAAACAAAUAAAUAUUAUGUUCAGAUUUGUUAUACAGAUAAUAAUAAUUUUAUUUAUUUUUAAUA